GCGUAACGCUUCCGGUUUGAGUUGUCUUUCUACACGGACAUUAUUAUGAAACGGACCGCGAACAUGGCGGUUCCUCUUGGUGGCAAUGGAGCACAGUUAUCUAACUUUACAUAGUAAAAGUACAAAAACAGUAUUCAUUGAAAGAAUUUCGAUUUCAUGGCGUUUGUAAGGCAUGUCGUGUGCGCCAUGUCUGGCGGUGUGGACAGCUCCGUCGCUGCGUUGUUACUGAAAAGAAGAGGCUUUAGUGUAACAGGGGUUUUUAUGAAGAACUGGGACUCUCUGGAUGAAAGUGGGGUGUGUACUACAGAGAAGGAUUGUGAGGAUGCCUACAGAGUGUGUCAGAUCCUGGACAUCCCCUUCCAUCAAGUUUCCUAUGUCAAAGAGUACUGGCAUUAUGUUUUUAGUAAUCUGUUGAAGGAGUACGAGAAGGGAAGGACACCGAACCCAGAUAUACUAUGCAACAAGCACAUCAAAUUCAACCAUUUCCACAAGUAUGCCAUCAACACUCUGGGUGCUGAUGCCAUGGCAACAGGCCACUACGCCAGGACGUCACAGGAAGACGAAGAUGUUUUCAAACAGAAACAUGUAGCUCCGCCUACCACACUCUUCAGAGAUCGAUUUGAGAUCAGAAAUCCGGUGAGGUUGUACAAAGGAGCAGAUCUCCUCAAAGACCAAACCUUCUUCCUCAGUCAGAUCUCUCAGGAUUCCUUGCGACAAACCAUGUUCCCACUUGCUGGACUCACCAAAGAGUUUGUUAAAAAGAUUGCUGCUGAGGCAGGGCUUCACCAUGUUCUGAAGAAGAAAGAGAGCAUGGGCAUUUGCUUCAUUGGAGAGAGAAACUUUGAAAACUUCAUUUUGGAGUAUCUAGAAGCUAAACCAGGUAACUUUGUCUCCAUUGAGGACGGGACAGUAAUGGGAACACACAAAGGCUGGUUCACUCUGACACUGGGCCAGAGGGCGAGGAUAGGAGGGCAGAGAGACGCCUGGUUUGUUGUGGACAAAGACAUUGCAACAGGGGAUGUAUUUGUGGCUCCAACGACCAAUCACCCAGCUCUUUUCCGUGACACAGUGCGGACAGAUCGCUUCCACUGGCUAACAGUGGACCCGCCUGCUGAAUUAGCCAGGACCGAGAUGAUGGAGUGUCACUUCCGCUUCAUCCACCAGAUGCCGCUCACUCCCUGCACAGUAACUCUGAAUAUGGAUGGCUCUGUAUGGAUCUCACUCUCACAGCCAGUCAGAGCUCUGACUCCUGGACAGUUUGCUGUGCUCUACAAAGGGGACGAGUGUCUGGGCAGUGGGAAGAUCACCCAGCUGGGGCCUAGUGAAUAUACACUCCAGCAGGGUCGAGCACGGUUGAUUGAGACCGCGCAGCAUAAAGAGCAGCCGACCCCCGAACCAGACAUCUGAGAUGACCUCACAGCCCAGCCGUAGUGGGAAUGCAGUCUGUCUGCUACAUUAGGUAGAGCAACCCUGUUCAUAGAAAAACGGCUAUGUGACCUAAUGCCAAAUGCCUCUCCUUGAGGCCAUAUCUGAAGUGGCUGUAAAUGGUUGAUUUUGUUUUUAAAUGCUCAGCUUUGACAUCUAAGCAGUAUUGAUGACACAAGGACAAAUGGGUUGAUUUCUGUAGUGUUUUCCCCAUUUGUCUGCUCGUUGCUAGGAUAAAACAUCCAAAUCCAAGCCAAAGUGUGUUUUGGAGUAUAAACUGGAGCUAAAAUAAGAUGGUUUAUUAAGUGACAGUUACCCCAUUUUAAAAAGAAGGUAUUGAUCUAGUAUAUUUAUUUAAGACAAAUAAAUAUAUAUAUGCCGGAUGUAUUUUCAAAAGAAUUUCAAUUUAAGAAAUACUGAAGGAAAAUUGUUGUUAUCCUUCGGAGAUGGGGUUGCGGUAAUAGAAAUCGAAAUGAAGCUCACCUUUUCAAAAAAUAGUCAGCUCUAAAAUGUUUCUGUUGAUUGAAAACAGUACACAAACUAAUGUUUGUAGAGUUUUUCUUUCCAAACAGAUGUUAUUGUUAUGACCUGGUGUGUGUGAAGAUGCCUUUCUUUUUAAAGGACAGUGGGUAGUGUUAGCCGUUUAGGGUUGUGGUGGGAUUUGAUGGUCAGCCAUCAAAGGAUACAUGUGGAUUCAGAAAUACUGGGCAUGACUAUGACACAGUUUGUUUGUGGAUUCAGACUAAUCUGUGAAUGAAAAAGACUGUAAUAUUUUCUUUUAUUCGAAAUUGGAUUCAAACUUCUCUCCCCUCCUUUACCUCUUUUCUGACUGUCUGUCACUCAUGUUUACCCUGCCUCAGAGUCAACUGCAAACCUCUACAUCUAAUGAAAUGUUUUUUUUAAUGCAUUUGUUACGGCAUUUACACUCCAGCCACUUCUAGUUUUAGUACUGAUGUUGACAGUACAUUUGUGAUCAGUAAUAGUCUAUGACUCACAAAACAAUGUUUUUUCUUUUAUAAAUUAAAUAAGUGCUUUAGCACUAAAGUAAAAACAAAGUACAGAGUAGUCACUGCAACCUGUGUUUUCUUCUCCAAGUUGAAAUUAUGUUCAACAGCAUGUUGAUGGUAAACAUAGGAUAAAUAAUUGCCCCAAGAAACCUGCCAAGUUAACAAACAAUGCCAAUCGAAUAUGAUACCAAAAAAGCGAGUGUGUCAAUUAUUUUUGCCCUUUUACAUGUCAGCCACAUUGUGAAAGUUUUUAAUUAUUCUAAAUAAUUAUUUAAUCAUUCUAAAUAAUUAACAAUGAAAUAGUUAAAGUUGUUAUUCCUCAACUCUUUUAUAAUGUUUAUUGAUUCCUUGUUUUGAAAUAUAAAAUUUCAAGUGCCUUUUUUUCUUCAGGUGGCAUUGUUGUUGUAGGUUAUGGAAAAUGAAUUCUUCCUAAACUAUUAACUGUAAAUAUUUGACCAUUUACAAACAAGUGAAUAAACCUAAUAAGUAUGUGUUUACUUGUUUUUGUUGCCUUGUAUACCUAAAUAUU